AUGGCGUCUACCAUGAAACGCAGCUCCGACAUGUCUUCUAGCCGCGGCUCAGCUAGGAGGCGCGGUCCGGGAGGCCGUGCCGACAGAGACGGAGACAUCAGCAUGGACAGUCGCCCCCGUAACAACAACAAUCGUGUCGGCAAAAGCAGUGCUCGCGGUGGUGGGAACCGCCCGAGCCUUGGCCGCAAAGGCUUGAACCUCAACGCCCUCGAAGAUGAAGUCGACAUGCAGGGCUCCUCUGGCGCCUCCGCAUCCGCCAAUGUCCGCUCCCGCCCUCGAGCCCACGAAUCCCGCCCCGAAUACAUGAAGAUCCGCGUCACAGGCUGGAAGAACAGCAAAGCCAGCUCCAACGAAGACAAAGGAGUCGGCGCUCUCGUCAGCUUUCUCCAGAACAAGACCCGCAUUAACAGGCAAAAGGCCGCCAAGGCUGGCCGCAUCACCGGCAGGGUCGAUGUCACUCUCGAUAAAUGGUACAAGGAGAAUGACGACAGCCUGGUCUUUUCUGUUCCCACCGACAUUGGAGGCUCUAUGCUCCGCAUGGAUGGAUGGAGCUUCUCUGGCGCCAACAUAUCGAUCAAAAAGUUCGACAAACAACGCUCGCCAACUCCUGAGCAGGAAGACAAUGUAGCAAAGCUGCGCGCAACUCUCACCAGCCUCCUCGACCGUCGUUACAAUGCCGAAUCCAAGCUUCUCGACCUCAGCUCUCUCGGUUUGGAUCCCGACCUCAAGGCCCUCGGUGUCUUCGACAUGGGUAGCUCGACGGCCGCCAAGGUCUUCCCUGCCAUCAUGAAACAUUGCGAUACGCUGUUCAAAACGGCACAGGAGAAGCGAGAGAAGUUCGAUGCAAUUACCCUCCACAGCAACGAACUCGCCUCGCUGGACAACAUCAAGACUCUUGCAUUCACCUUUCCGGAUCUCAAGAACCUCGACUUGAGCAACAACAAAUUCGCCAAGCUCGAGGACCUUCGCCCCUGGAAGAACCGAUUCCGCAAGCUGGAUCACCUGGUUCUGACCAACAACCCCAUCGAACAAGUCCCUGACUACCACGUCGAAAUCCUCAAAUGGUACCCCAGUCUUCGUUUCUUGAACGCAGUCCAAGUUCGCUCCGACGUGGAAGCCGCGCAAGCCACUGCGUCUCAGAAGAAGGGCCUUCCCGUCAAGCCUCGCGCAAUGCUCGGCGACGAAGACAUCACCAACAACUUUGUGUCCGCCUUCUUCCCGGGCUUCGACGCCGACCGCAACGCCCUGGUUGCCGCAUAUUACGAUCAAACCUCCCAAUUCAGCUUCGCGGUCAACAGCCACGCUCUCCGCGACGCCUCGUCGACGGCGACUCUCACCAAGCAGGAGUGGGAGUCGUACAUUCGCAAGAGCCGAAACCUCAAGGUCAUCACCCACCUUCCAGCCCGCCAAUCCCGUCUUUUCAUCGGCCAGGACCAGAUCCGCGAAGCUUUCGCCACGAUUCCUGUCACCAGGCAUGCUGCUGAGCCUGAUAAAGUCCACAUCGAGAGCCAGUCGUUGCCAGUGGUCCCGGAUGGUACUGGCCAAUACCCACAGGGAGUUGUCGGGCUGCUCAUCACCGUCCACGGCGAGUACGAGGAGAUGGAUGUCUCGACCGGCCAGGCCACCAAGCGCCGCUCUUACGACAGGUCGAUCACCCUCGGUCCGGGACUUACAGGAACCGGCCUCCGCGUCAUCAACGACAUGCUGACCGUCCGCGCCUACGGCGGAAGCGCUGCUUUUCAACCAGAACAGACCAUGACGGAGCAGGACGUGCUGGUGCUCGAAUUCUCCAAGCACACGGGAAUGACGGUCGACUACUCCCGCAUGUGCCUUGAGCAAAGCGCCUGGGACCCGAACGCAGCCUUGGCUACAUUUGAGUCGGCCAAGGCCACUCUCCCGGCCGAGGCCUUCAUCACACCCGCCUAA